GGUGACCUCUGACAGUGACAGAGUUGUUAUCAUCCACGUGAACCCGGCCAGGUAGGUAGAUAAAGGUGAUCCGACUCAACACCUGGUCCGACCAGUUCUUACCUCCCCACGUCAGCCAGGUGAGCCGUGUAGAACACUCCCCCACAGAUCCAGACGUGAGGAUGGGGAACGCCAGCGGGUCCUCCCACCGGCGGGUGUUCAGGAACUAUGACGGGACGGAGGAGGUGGAGCCUCUGGUGGCGUACUUCACUCCCGUCAGGGGCAGGAUGAUGAAGGACCCGCUACCAGGUAUGAAGUUGGACACGUCGUUCAAGAACCGUUGUAAGGACGGCCUGGACGCCACCUGGCAGAUCGCGUCAGUAGUGCACCAUGCCGGCCUCAACAACCUGCGGGUCCGCGCAGUGGGUGUCGGGUACUCCUGGUCCAAGAUGACAAGUACCAGGGACAUAUUGAUAGACAUGUCCGGCCUUACUCGUGUCAUCACCAAGCAGCCACAAAAAUACUUCGAAAAGUACUACCUGGUCGAGGUGCAAGCCGGGAAGGUUGUCCGGGAAUUUGUCCGUGAAAUCGACAUCAAGUUCAAGUUGGCGCUUCCGGGAAUGGACAGCUUCAUGGGCCAGACGGUGGGCGGGGCCGUCAGUACGUCAUCACACGGGUCAGGGUUCAACCUGCAGAGCAUUUCCAACUCCAUAGUAAGUCUGCACAUGAUCAUCGCCGGCGGGAUCCAGGUCAUCAUACGGGAGCCCACGGCCAUAGAGACCGACAUGCCUCUGGAGCACGUCCGUGCCCUGGUCGCUAGGGCGCAGUUUGGAGACGGUCCCCUGGAGAUCAUCAGUAAACAGGCCUUCAGAGCUGCACAGGUCGGUCUUGGCUGUUUGGGGAUCAUCUAUUCGGUCACGUUCAAGUGCGUGCCCCUGUUCGAGAUCAUGGAAGAACGCCGCCUAACGACUUUCACGUGGCCUGCAUCUGGGGACUCACUAGAUUUCAGGAUCCCCAGGAACUUCGACAGCAACUACAUCGGGUCCAACGAAUUCUUCUCCUUCUUUGUGAACCCAUUUCCGAAGAAAUGUUGUUCACGUGAAGGAUGGUUGGGACCUGGAGUGGAACAUGUCCGAGUCGUGUACGUCAGAGGAAGGAAAGCCACAGAGAACGACUACCUGGCCAGACCCCCGUGUCGGGACGCAUGCGCGUGCUGCUGCUGUGAGGGGUGCAGGGGGUGUACUGCCUGUGAGGGGUGUAAGACGGACUGCUGUGCGAGCUGUUAUUCGAGUUACGUCAUGCGCGAGCCCAGCUCCAUCCCCGGCUGGAUAGACAACUGCAUGAAGAUGUCCAUUCACAAGGGACAUUACGUUAACACCUGGUACAAGGUGCUGCAGUACAACAAGGGGACCGCUCACGUGGUGUCUUCGGAAUGGUCGGUCGCCCUGGAGGACCUGGAGGCUGCUCUUGGUGACGUCAUCGAAAUGGCAGUGGAUUAUGGGAGGAAGCACAACUACUUCAACCUGAUGCCGCUGGUCUGCCGCCUGACCAAGUCUGAUGACGCCUACCUCAGCCUGGCCAACAAGUACCGGCCGGACGGCAGCGAGUGUGAGCGGUAUGCACACAUAGAGCUCCCGUACUUCCCUGGUUCGUACGGAGUAGAGGAGUUCCACCGCGCGCUGGAGGACAUGUUGUACGAGCGGUACCAGGCACGGGCGCACUGGGCCAAGAACCGCUGGUUCGACGCGCGGCGGAUCCACGACCUCUACCCCGGCCUGGAGCACUGGAAGGAGGUCUACACGGUCUUCAACAGUGACCACACGUUUGACAACCAGUUCACUGCCAGGUGUGGGUUCGAGGACAGUCACGAGGAAAUGGCGCGCUUUCCGGAGAGGUCAGGUCACAUGACGUGGCGGAGGAAGGUGGGCGGUUACGUCAUCUACAAGACAGACGGCAGCCCCGCCAUCACCAGACAGCCGAGCCGGAGCUUCGGCAGACAGUCCAGCCGCUCCAGCCGCUCCAGCCGGCAAGGCAGUCAGAGGGGCAGGCCCAACAUGAAAACAUUCCAGUAGUAGGGGCUCGUUCACACAAACCGUACAGGGACGGGCAACAAAUUAUUGUCGGGGUGAAAUCACCCGAGAUUUUGUGAUGGCUUACAUGAAAGCUACGCCACAUAUUUGUCUUUACGUAGGGUUCAAAAGUUCUAAUAUUCCCGUUGCAUUGCCCACCACCUUGCAUCGCAACUGUUGACAUAUGUGUACACAUACACAAGUACUACUGUUUGUAUUAAUCACUUUUUUAAACAAAUGCUAAAAAAAAGAGGCAAACAAAAAUCCAUGUACUGUUAAAGGAAAAGUGUGUGAAUCAUUUGAUUUUUUAGCGUUCAAAGUUAAAUUUAUGAAACGUAGCACAGCCAUGUUAGUUUGUGUGGUAGCAGACUGGUAGCACAUACACUAGGAUACCCACUAAGUUAGUAUUAGGAAUACUGCUAGUAUCUAGGUAAAUAUUUUCAAACACAGCAUUAUUUGAUCCCUGCUUUAAAAGUCAGUGAAUAAGAGCAGUAGGGACACAACGUUACGUGAUGAGUUCACGAGCUUUGCAGCAUGAAAUAUUUUGCUUCAUCACAUCUGUAUCUGUAUCAUGUAGAUGAAUAAGAUUGUAUCACGGUUCAAGGUUGUAAAAAUCUAGUCAAUAGUUGAGCAACCUAGGUGUAAUGAUAUGGGAGUAAUAGCCAACACAACACAAUGUCAAGCUUAGGUCGUUAUGAUUAGUCAAGGCGCAAGA